GGGAUUGGAGGGCGGACUGGAAUAAUAAGGGGAGGCUGAACCGGGAGCGGACUGAAGCGUCCCGAGGAGUCGCUGGCCUCAGAUCUGACAACCCCAGGACUCGGCCGUGCGUCCUUCCUUCACAAUGAAUCCAACGAGACUCCCAAUUCAGCAACAAUAAAAGCAUUUUUUUUAUUGUUAUUUCUUUCUUUUUCACUGCUGAGUUUUAACCUGUUCGCGUCAGCAACGUGUUUGCGCGCAAAAAAAAGUCUUGAAAUCGGGCAGAAACUGCGCGUAAUUUCCUCAACUUUUAGUCCCUUCUGCCGCUCGGAGCAAAAGGCGGCCGGUGUUUUUUUGGAGCUUUUCUGCGUUUAUUUCCUGAGAGGGGAUUAUUUUUGCCUGUUUGCACACCGACAUGGAGUACACGUCAUCCCCGAAGCCGCAGCUCUCAUCCCGGGCCAAUGCGUUCUCCAUAGCCGCCCUGAUGUCCAGCGGGAAGUCCAGCAAGGACAAGGAGGCGGAGGAGAACACCAUCAAACCUCUGGAGCAAUUCGUGGAGAAAUCCUCCUGCAACCAGCAGUCUCUGGCUGACCUGUCCUCCCUGGACGGCCACGGGGACUUCAGCGGGAGCGCGCCCGCAGUGUGCACGGAGCCACUCAUCCCCACCAAUCCCGGCAUCCCCAGCGAGGAGAUGGCCAAGAUCUCCUGCAGCCUGGAGACCAAAGAGCUGUGGGACAAAUUCCACGAGCUGGGCACCGAGAUGAUCAUCACCAAGUCUGGAAGGCGGAUGUUUCCUACCAUCCGGGUAUCUUUCUCCGGGGUGGACCAGGACUCCAAGUACAUCGUCCUGAUGGACAUCGUUCCGGUGGACAACAAGCGGUACCGCUACGCCUACCACCGCUCCUCCUGGCUGGUGGCCGGUAAGGCCGACCCCCCUCUGCCCGCCAGGUUGUACGUCCACCCGGACUCUCCGUUCACCGGGGAGCAGCUGAUGAAGCAGAUGGUUUCCUUCGAGAAGGUCAAGCUGACAAACAACGAGCUGGACCAGCACGGACACAUCAUCCUGAACUCCAUGCACAAGUACCAGCCACGAGUCCACAUCAUCAAGAAGAAGGACCACACCGCCUCGCUGCUCAACCUGAAAUCGGAGGAGUUUCGCACCUUCGUGUUCGUUGAGACGGUCUUCACCGCCGUCACGGCCUAUCAGAACCAGCUGAUAACCAAGCUGAAGAUCGACAGCAACCCGUUCGCCAAAGGUUUCAGGGAUUCGUCGCGGCUGACGGACAUGGAGAGCAGGGAAAGUGUUGAGAAUCUGAUCCACAAGCACUCGUACGCCCGAUCGCCGAUCAGAACCUACGCUGGUGACGAGGAGAACCUGAGCGAGGAUGGACACACCACACACACCAGAGGGUCAGCGUUUACCGCCUCAGACAACCUCUCCCUGAGCUCCUGGGUUACCACCACCUCAGGCUUCUCGGGCUUCCAGCACCCUCAGACCCUCUCAGCCAUGGGCACCGGCGCCGCCUCUCUACCCCACCCCAUCCAGGGAUCUCUUCCCCCUUACAGCCGGCUAGGCAUGCCGCUGACGCCCAGCGCUCUGGCUGGAACCAUGCAGGGCAGCGGGCCAUCCUUCCCUUCCUUCCACAUGCCCCGCUACCACCACUACUUCCAGCAGGGGCCCUACGCCGCCAUCCAGGGACUCCGCCACUCCUCCACGGUCAUGACGCCCUUUGUAUGACUUGAGAGAGCAGAGGGCCAGAACGUACUCUGACCGUUGACAGGGUGCAGACCAUCAGUCCUCAUCCCUCCUCAUCUGGUUUGCACCUGUCCGUCUGGUUGUUGUAAAUAAUUCACCUGCGGUGAGUGGGGUGAAGCUCGUAACAUGAAGAGGAACCAGCACACUGAACUGAGACAGACUGCGCUCCUCUCUCAGGAUUUGACUCCUCAGAACAGCUCUGAUGUAGGAAAAGACUGAUGACCUCCUUGCACACCAAAUGCAAGACGAAAAACCCGUGCAUGCAUGUUUUAUUUCAGCUCUUGAAUACAAAGUACACUUUGUAAUUGUUUUUAAAAAUGGCUGCAGAACCCAGCAAGGUGUGACUCCUUAAAAUGCCACAGGGAGACGGAUGGAGCGUUUCAACAUGAAGGACAUGCACACCUCCCGUUUUAGCUCCUCUGUGUUAGGGAAGCCAGCCAUAUGUACAGUUCAGAAUAACAACUACACACUCUGGGGAUGAUUUUAAAAUGCGUGUAAGGGAAGUGAAGUGAGGAAAAUGCAUUACCACAUCCAUUUAGUCACAGCUUUCUCACUGUAAAUUAAUGGAAAAAGAAUCCUUGAAUGCAUGCUGACUGCAGUAGACAAACACAUUGCUUAACUUUGUAUGUUUCAACGUGGAAUGAAGGACUUCAAAUGUAAAAGAGGGGAAUAUUUUUUUUGCUUUUUAAAGGCCUGGUCACACCAGGAAUUAAAAAACCUGCUUUUAACCGCGGCUGUGGGAGCAGAGCGUGUCAUCAAAGGUGGAAAGCUGCAGCUUACUUUGUCCCAAAGGUUGUAUUUUAGACACAAUGCAUUCUCUGGGCUAGACAUUAGACUGGUUCCUGUACCCAGGUAGACCAAGGUUUUAAAACAUUAUGGUUUCUAAACAACUAACAUUUUCUAUCAUGCCGUUCUUAUGGUUUAAGUUACUUUCAAUGAGCUGCAAGAGAAAGUGCAGCGGACAGAGUAACACAGGCCUACCCCUGUCUCACCUGUUUACUCCACACUGCUGGUCAGCUGGCUGAAGAAAGGCGACUACAUCCCCCCCCCCCCCACCUAAAAGAAAGACAGUUUUAGCUGUUUUGUAAUAAAGACAGAGAGCCACCCUUCAAACGUAGUAUGCUAAUGCUGUUUUAGAUCUACAGCUGGCAAGCUACAAGCGGCAUCUCUGAUCAGAAGCUAACUGCAGGCUCUACAACAGCUCCACUAAUUGAAUUUAACAUUUUAUGUAAAUACUGUUAAACCGUAAGGAUUUUAUACCAUGAGAAUCUCUUCCUGGCUCACAUCUACUUCAAACCAUCUGUACAAAAGGCAAUUUAUUGUGGAGACAAAGCUGAAUAUUACAUCUUAUGUCCAUAACUUUAUUCUACAGGGAAGCUGAAAAAGACUGCAAGGAGUGUAUUUCAGCCUCCUUCAGAGCAUGUGCAGAGCUCAAACUUGAAAGGCCAGAUAAAUUGAAUCAAAAUAGUAAAUCAUAUCUUAUCUUAAUACUGCAAGUCUCCUUAGGAAGGAAACAUUUAAAAAAGCCUUCCAGGCAAGCGGUCAGAGGGAAUCAUAAAAACAUACGAGAAGAAAAACAGCAACAUCAGCUGGUCAAAAUGGACUCCAUUUGCUCCACUUAACUAAGGAAGACGGACCACCCGCUUAAAGAGCUGAAGGUGCAGCUUUAAUCGCUUUAAGUGAGUCGAGCUUAGCAGAGGUUUGCUGAAGGCCCUCUGCUACCUUCAGCUUGAGUGUUGCAGGCUAAAAGCACCUGCAGGCGAUCUGCAGCAGGUUGAGCUGAUUCAUAGCCGUGUCAGCGUGUGUCGACAGAACGUCCGCACCCUGAAGUAAUGACUCUGUGUGGUCUCAUUUAGAAGCCCAGAGAGGGCAGAACGGUGGGAGUACGAACACCUGACCUGCAUGCUGACAGCGAGUCACUGUGUCGGUGAUUUCUUUAUAAAAACAGGCCAGAUUUUUACAUCUGUCUGUAAAUCUGUUCCUGAAUAUUUGGAUUCAUUCAGUCUGUUAUAGUGCACAUAGGUUUCUGUUCCCGCCGGAAAGAGGCGGAGAUGUUGUGAGAACAGCGCAAAGGGCAAAAAAAAAUCAAUGAAUCGUAAUUUCCGCAAAUAGUUUUCUGCAUUUUGUGGAAAAAGAAAAUGAAAGGGGUCACUUCUAAUAAUAGUUUGCGGCAGCAUGAAGUUCGGAUUAUUCAGAAAUGUUCAAACGAGCCAGGUAAACAAACUGUAAAUUGACUUUUGCAAACGUUUUAUAUCCCCAAGCUAAGUACGAACAUUUGAUUUAAUCUGUUGUUGGUUUGCAGAGGAGUUUCUCUUUCAGAGCCUUAUCUGAGGUCCAGGCUGAACUCAAUUUUGAUUUGUUUUUCACUGUAAACCUAAACCAUUUUGACUUUUUAUUGAAGAUUACCUUUUUUUUUUUUUAAGAAAAUGUUUUGUCCGGUAUAAUCUGACUCCAACAAGUUUCUGUUUAGUUGAUUUUUAAGUGCAAUAUAUUUAUUUUGCUCUGUGGAAAUAAUCUGUAAUGUGUUGUAUCACAUUUAAAGUUAUUUGGAAACCAUGAGAAAUAUAUAUAUAUAUUAUAUGUAUAUCACUACCAAAACAUUUCCUUUGUCAAUUUUUUCUAUUUUUUCUUGCAGUUGUGCCACAAAACAGUCAUUGGACCCUGUGGUUAUAUGAAUGUUUACAGUAAUACUAUCCUUAAAGAAACAGAAAAACUUACAAAACAUCUGAUUAAUGAUUUAUUGGCAUUUGAUGAAUAGCUGCUUAUUUGAUCACUUUCAGCAUAUUUUCUACAUUUUUCAGAUGGUAAUCUGCUCUGCAAAUCAGAAAAUCAGUCAGUUUGUUGGAGUGUAAAAAAAGCAACAAAUGAACUGAUAGUAGCAAAUGUGAAACUGUGGUAAGCAACUCUAGGUAAAAUGUAAAGCACAAAAAGGAAUAAUCUGAAAAAGAUACAGUAAAAAGAGGAGUUGAAUUCAGCCAUAAAAUGUCAUUAAAAUCAGUGAAUCAAUUAAAUUUCCUAUGUUCGUCAUACUGAGCCUAAGGCUUAUGUAACCUCCACAAAUGAUCAUGUGCAAAGUUUAUCCAGAUGACAAUUACGUGGCACCUUCAAGUUAAAAUGUGAUUUUCUAUCUUAUCAACAGAUAAGAAAUAUCAAAUAAAGUUUAAUUUUCUUAUAGGACACUUUAA